GAACUGUCUUCAUACAGUUAUUUUCGAUUCGUCUAUCGCCCAGAUGUCAACUCCGCUCUCUUCCACCAUACCCGCCCGUCCACCAUCCGCCUCCUCAGCCCCGCAAGACCCUAACCUCCCCCCAGCAUACAACGACAAAGACUGCCUUUCCUGCCGUCUAAUCGGCGGGGGCAUCCUGGUAGCUUUCGGCGGGCAGAUGACGUACGAAGGCCGCAAGCAUUUCCGCCUUGCGAAGAUGGCGGGCAAAGGGGGCACAGGAGCGUUGGCGAUGGGUGGCUUGGGGAUUGGGAUGAUGCUCCUUGGAGUGAGGAGGUUGGCUGGGGGCCGGUGGAGAGCAGGAGGGGAGGAUCAGGAAGUGCAAGUUGGGGCGUGAGCGUGGGUUGGGCACGAGGUGAUGGGCGAUGUUGGAUUAUCCUGUAUCAUCUGUAUCUAGGUGGGGUCGAAGCUGCGCGCUGUGGAGGGGAUGGAUGAGAUUGGACUUCGACUGUUGUCCUCGUGCCCCCGAAGGAAUCCGCUUCGACUGAACGAGGCUGCGAACUUGAGCUUCUUUGGGUUGGGCGCUCGGGAUGUCAACCGCUUCGGCUGGAUUGAGGCUCUGCGGCUGCGCAUACGUACAUUGAGCCGGCCGGGAGAGGGGCUGAGUGGAUUAUUCCCGC